GUCCUCGCGUAUCCGCCUCUACCCAUUAUGGCUUCCCAAACCUCACCCACGUUCAUUCUUGGAACUCACAGCAUCGGCGACAGCAGCUCCGACCCUGGAUCCUCUCAUUUCGACAGCGAGCAAGAUGUCCAGGCUCUUUUGGAAGCAUACCGCAUCCGCGGAUACAACCAUCUUGACACAGCCCGUGACUAUUCUCCGAGCGUCCCCGGUGCCUCUGAAUCGCGCCUGGGCCGGGCCAAGGCUGCCUCUCAAUUCACUAUUCAUACCAAAGUCCAUAGUGCCGAUCCUGGGGACCACCAGGCUGCAAAGCUUGAACUCAGCAUCAACCAGUCACUUGCCGAUCUCCAAACGGCCUGCGUCGAGACCAUGUUUUUGCACUUACCAGACCGCGCGACCCCCUUCGAAGAAACGGCGAAGGCGAUGAGCGACGCUCUCCAUCUGGGCAAGUUUAAAAAAUACGGCCUAUCAAACUAUUCUGCCGAGGAAGUACAAAGGUUUCUUGAUAUCUGCGAGGAGCAUGGGUACGCGAAGCCCAGCGUGUAUCAGGGACACUACAACGCCAUUGUGAGAGGAGUUGAAAAGGAGUUGUUUCCCCUCUUACGCAAACACAACUUGGCAUUUUAUGCGUACAGCCCAGCAGCUGGCGGCCUUUUCUCAGGUCAUGCCGAAUCAUCAGGCCGAUGGAAACCCGAUAACUUCAUUGGAAAGCUUUAUAGUUACUUUUACAGGCAGCCUCCGGUCCAGAUGGCAGUUCUCACUAUUCUCGACCUUGCAGAAGAGCAUGGCAUUAGCGGACAUGCGGCCGCAAUGCGGUGGACGGCCUUCCACAGCCAGCUGGAUGGGAAGCAUGGCGAUGGUCUCAUCUUUGGCGUUUCCAAGGUGGAGCAACUCAACCAGACUCUCGAUGCACUCAAUGCUGGCCCUCUUCCGAAUGAUCUUGCGGAAGCCAUAACAGACUUGUAUGCCACAGUAGACGGAGCCGAGCCUCCUUAUUAUCUCUAGAUUGUGUAAACAGAAAUCCAUAGAGC